AUGACAUUAAUUAUACACUCAUCACUUCUCCUAAUCUUUUUUAUUUUAGUGUACCCGCUACUUACUACAUUAAACCCCAACCAACAAGGGUCAAACAUAGCAGGAAUAACCAAAGUUGCCGUUAGUUCCGCAUUCUUCAUUAGUCUCUUACCAUUAAUAAUUUUUCUGAACUUAAAAACAGAAGGAAUUAUCACAAACUGACAAUGAAUAAACACCCAAACAUUUGACGUAAACAUCAGCUUUAAAUUUGACCACUACUCCCUAAUUUUCGUCCCAAUUGCCCUCUAUGUAACCUGAUCAAUUCUAGAGUUCGCACUGUGAUAUAUACACUCCGACCCAUAUAUUGACCGAUUCUUUAAAUAUCUACUCACGUUUUUAGUAGCCAUAAUUAUUCUAGUUACAGCUAACAAUAUAUUUCAACUAUUUAUUGGUUGAGAAGGAGUAGGAAUCAUAUCCUUCUUACUUAUCGGAUGAUGACACGGACGGGCAGAUGCCAACACAGCCGCUCUUCAAGCUGUAAUCUACAACCGGGUAGGAGACAUCGGGUUAAUCAUAACCAUGGCCUGAUUUGCAAUGAACCUUAACUCCUGAGAAAUUCAACAAAUCUUUGUCUUAUCAAAAAACUUCGAUUUAACAAUUCCCUUAAUGGGACUUGCUCUAGCAGCAACAGGAAAAUCAGCCCAAUUUGGCCUCCACCCCUGACUUCCCUCCGCCAUGGAGGGCCCUACACCAGUAUCUGCCCUACUCCACUCAAGUACCAUAGUUGUUGCAGGAAUUUUCCUGCUUAUCCGCCUUCACCCCCUCAUAGAAAAUAACCAACUAGCUCUAACAACCUGCCUAUGCCUUGGAGCACUAACCUCACUAUUCACAGCCACCUGUGCUCUAACCCAAAAUGAUAUCAAGAAAAUUGUAGCUUUCUCAACAUCUAGUCAAUUAGGCCUAAUAAUAGUUACAAUUGGACUAAACCAACCACAACUAGCAUUCCUUCACAUCUGCACCCAUGCUUUCUUUAAAGCCAUACUAUUCCUAUGCUCAGGAUCCAUUAUUCACAGCCUAAACGACGAACAAGAUAUCCGAAAAAUAGGAGGCCUAUUUAAUAUUAUACCUGCAACCUCAACUUAUUUUACGAUUGGUAGUUUAGCGCUAACAGGAACCCCCUUCCUGGCAGGGUUCUUCUCAAAAGACGCAAUUAUUGAAGCCCUAAACACCUCCCACCUAAACGCCUGAGCCCUAACCCUGACAUUAAUUGCCACAUCAUUCACCGCAGUAUACAGUUUCCGAUUAGUAUAUUUUGUAGUUAUAGGAACCCCACGAUUCCUGGCUCUGUCCCCAAUUAACGAAAACAAUCCACUAGUGAUUAACUCCAUUAAACGACUCGCUUGAGGAAGCAUUAUUGCAGGCCUCAUUAUUACACAAAACUUCCUACCAGUAAAAACACCAAUUAUGACAAUACCAACCACCCUAAAAAUAGCAGCCCUUCUCGUAACAAUUGCAGGCCUACUAGUAGCUAUAGAACUAGCCAACAUGACAAGCAAACAAGUAAAAGUUACUCCAAUAAUCCCAUUACACCAUUUCUCAAAUAUAUUAGGAUUUUUCCCCGCAAUUAUUCACCGACUCCUCCCAAAACUUAAACUUACCUUAGGUCAAUCAGCCGCCACUCAACUAGACAAAACAUGACUAGAAGCCAUAGGACCAAAAGGCCUAGCACUAACACAAAUGACCAUGGCAAAAGUUACAAACGACAUCUCACGAGGAAUAAUUAAAACAUACCUAACUAUUUUCCUCCUAACCCUAAUUCUAGCCAUCCUACCUGUUCUCCUCUAA